AUGCCUGUUACAGCUAUUACCUCGCACGAACAAUUUAGUGAAAUCAUUAAUAGCGGCGAUCCUGCUGUAAUCGACUUCUGGGCAACGUGGUGUGGACCUUGCCGAAUGAUUUCACCUAUUUUCGAGCAGCUCUCGAACGACCCGGAACUAAGCGGUAUCCAAUUCUACAAAGUCGAUGUCGAUACACAAGACCAGAUUUCUCAGGAGGUCGGUAUACGUGCAAUGCCAACUUUUGCUGCCUUUAAAAAUGGGGGCAAAAUUGAUGAGGCUAUCGGAGCCGAUGGAGCAAAAUUAGUAAAUCUUAUUCACGCUUUGAAAUAA